AUGGCCAUCUUCAAGUCGAAGCACAAGAAGAACGAGGGUUCGGCGUCGAACCGGGCAGACGCGACGGGCCAGUCUCCGCCCGUUGGUCCGGGCGGCUUCGAGCCACCUCUGCGCGACAGCGGGUUGAAGGGCAGCGUCGGAAGGUCAGGGAUCCCUAUUCCGUCUGCUGGCGGUGGGAGCGGAAUGUACUCGUCGACUGGUUCGAACGGGUACGCGCCUCCCAUCGGCGGGGCGAGCAUAAUCCCUCCUCCCAUCGGCUACUCGAAGCCGUCGCACGUCGGCCCUCCUUCUUCCGCUCAACAAGCGCCUCAACCCGGUCCGCAACCCUCGUCGUCGCACACGGUCCUCUACCCCUGGUCUCAGCGACGCGUCAACCUCCUCCCCGCUCAACUCCUCCCCCCGCCUUCACCCGCCGACUCCCCCUCCGUCCCGCUCACUCCGCUCCUCGGCCCGCUCUCGCCCCUCCCCUUCCCGCGCUACGGCCACUCCGUCAACCCUGUCGCCGCCGCAACGCCCACAGGCGACCUCUACAUCUUCGGCGGACUCGUCCAGAACAGCGUCCGCAACGACCUCUACCUCGUCCAGGCCAACUCGAGCCCAAACCUCGCUCCGUCCGGCGGGAAGAAUAACCCGUACACGCCGCUCAACGUCGGGUUGAUCGAGACGAGGGGUGAAGUACCUGGUCCGCGAGUCGGUCAUGCGUCGGUCGGAGUUGGGAACGUCCUCAUCGUCUGGGGAGGCGACACCAAGUCUCGACCUGAGGACAAGCAGGACGACGGGCUGUACCUCCUCAAUCUUUCGACACGCGACUGGACGAGGGUCAAGACGGUCGGAAGGGCGCCGGAGGGGCGGUACGGGCAUGCGGUCGCCAUGGUCGGGAGCCGGUUCUUCGUCUUCGGCGGACAGACGGAUGACGGAGGGUUCAAGAACGACCUGUGCUGGUUCGACUUGCAGAAGCUCAAGCAGGGCCAACCGUCCUGGUCCUUCAUCGAGUAUCAGCCUGGCCAGGUCGUUCCACCGCCUAGGACGGGCCACACCUGCGUCACCUUCGGCGACUCGCUCUACAUCUUCGGCGGCACGGACGGCCAGUACCACUACAACGACACCUGGCAAUUCGACCUCUCGACCUCGACCUGGACCGAACUCGCUUGCAUCGGGUACAUCCCCGUCCCGCGCGAGGGACACGCAGCGACGCUCGUCGACGACGUCAUGUAUGUCUUUGGAGGGCGCGGAGUCGAUGGGAAGGAUCUGGACGAUCUGGCGGCGUUCAAGAUCUCGAACCACCGCUGGUUCAUGUUCCAGAACAUGGGACCCGCACCGACGGGACGCAGCGGGCACGCCAUGGCGACGUUCCAGAAGAAGGUACUCGUCAUCGGCGGCGAGAGCUACACGAGCGAGAAGGCCGACGACCCGUCCUGCGUGCAUGUGCUUGAUACGACCAAGAUCAAGUACCCUCCCGACUCGCGCCCUGUCCCUCAGUCCCAGCCCACCCAGCAGCCCGCUUCAGCUCCUCCCGCCCAGCCUCCAUCUCAGCCUUCGCCUCCUACCGCCUACCCUUCGCAACUCCCGACGUCUCCUACGGGCGCUUCGACUGGCAUUCCCAUCGUCAAGCGCAAGUCGUCGAUCCCCUUGCGGACGCGCGCUGCAUCACCGACCGGCUCGACGAAGCGCGACCUCAAGUCGUCGCUCGGCGCCGCCGCAGGCGGUGCAGCAGCUGGCGGUAUCGCGGCGGCAAUGCUCAACGGUUCGAACGGCCCUUCGACCGCUUCCCCACCAUCAGCAGCAGCUCCUCAGCAGAACGGCCGCCCGACUCGCCCUGCGCGCCCGGACGACGCCGAAGCCUUUCUCGCCGGGCGCGCGCGCUCGCCAACUGGCAGCCUGCGCGAUCGUGAGCCUCGCAUGCGACAGGCAAGCGGCGGGUCGGCGACUUCGGGCGGACCAGCAGCGAGCGGGACGAGUCCGUCGCUCGGAGCCGGAGGGAUGGCGAGUCUCACGGGCGCUUUCGGGUCUCCGCCUUCGCAUCCGCCUCAUCCUUCGACGCCCGAACAACCCGCUUCGCAAGCGAAUGUUCCUGCGGAUGCCUUCUACUACCGCUCGCCUCAGCAGCAGCAGCAGUCUUCGUCGCAAGUCGACGAGGGUGCAGCGCGCGAGAAGGACGACAAGAUCGCCCAGCUCGAGAAGGAGAAGCGGUGGCUUGUGCUUGAGGUGCAGAAGGCGAGGGAGCACGGCUUCGCGGCGCACGAUGGCGGUGACGGUGAGAACGAGGUCUUGAGAGACGUUGGACCCGGUGAAGAGACGGACAACGAGCGCAGGUUGAAGGAGGCGUUGAGGGAGAUGAAGCGCGAACUUGCGACGGUCAAGACCUCGAUGGCUCAGCAAGUCGCCGCCGUCAACGACCGCUUCGCCAACUCCGACCGCUCUCGCACCGCAGCUCUGCAAGAAGCCUCGUACUACCGCGCAAAGCUCGCCGCUCUCGAGUCCGGCUCACCCUCCGACGUCGCCAAGCUCGAGCGUGACCGUACCGCCGAGCUCGAGAAGAAGCUCGCCGACGCCAUCUCGGCUCGUUCGGCCCUCGAGGCGCAGGUCGCCAAGCUCGAGCAGGACGUCUCGCACCACCAGACGAUGCGUUCGAGCGCCGAGGAGCGUCACCAAGCCGUUCUCGCCCGUGCGAAUGACGCGGAGCAGUCGCAUGCUCGCGUCCUUGGCGAGUUCAACGGACUGCAGAAGCAGGCGCACGAGAACGACCGCAGCCUCGCCGACCACAUCGAGAAGCUCGCAGCACUUCAGACGACGUCGAGGCAGCUCGAGGGGGACAAUGCGCGCCUCAAGGAGCAGGUCGACACGCACGAAUCGUCGAUUGCGAAUUGGCUCGCCACGCUGGAAGCGUCCGAGGCUGCGUUGACGGCAGCUCAGCAGCGCAACGACGAGCUUUCGACGUUGUGGGACAAGGCAACGACUGAGCUUACCCAGCAGCAGCUCCGCGUUGCUGAGCUUGAGCACCAAGCUGAACAGCUUCGCAUCGAGCGAGACGCCGCUCUCGCCAAGGCGGACGAUGUCGAGCGCCAGCACCAGUCGACCCGCAAGGCGCACGACAAGGUUCACGCGCUCGCCAGCGGCGGACUGACCCAGCUCCUCGCCGCUCAUCGCGACGGCCAAGCGAUGCGCAAUGUCGGCUCUCGCAACGUCGACGAGUUGCCCGCCGCUCAUGCCGACCGUCUCCGCGCGAUGGAGGACCAGGUCGCAUCCGUUCAGCAGCUCCACUUCGACGCACAGUCGAAGCACGAAUCUCUCGCUGCCGAACUUGCAGCAGCUCGCGAGCGUGAAGCCGGCCUCACCACCCAGCUCUCGCAACUUCGCAUGCAGCUCGCGACCGUACAGGCGCAGCACUCGCACGCGAUGGACGAUCUCGGCAAGCAAAGGUCGCUUGUCGCUCAGCACGAAUCGUCGGCUCGGGACAUCUCGCGCGCUCGCGAUGCCGCCGAGGUCAAGGCCGGCUUCCUGCGCUCGAUCCUCGCCGACCAUGGCCUCGCCGCGCCGACCGCAGACGAGAUCGCAGCUCGCUUCCCUCCCAUGAACGGCACCGAGUCGUCCGAGCAACUCGCCCAGCGCGUCAGGGAACUCGAGCUCGAGGUCGAGUCUCGCCAGCGCCAGAAGCAGCAGCUCGAGGAGCGGAUGCGUGAGCAGGAGGGCGAGGUCUCGCGCCUGCGAGAUGAGCUCGACACGUCGAAGGGCGACGUCGAGUCCGAGCACAAGGAGCGCGCCGAUAAGACGCAGGAAGAGCUUGUCGCCCUUCAGGACCGCCACAAGCAGCUGGAGGCGACGCACCUCAAGGCCGUCCAGUACGUGAAGGGCACGGAGAAGAUGCUGCGCCGUAUGAAGGAGGAGCUCACACGGUACAAGGAGCGCUGCGAGGAGCUCGAGUCACCGCAGCGUCAAGCCGAGCUCGACGGCCUCCGCUCGCAGGUCCACGAGCUUCGCGGCUUGUCCGAGUCUUCGUCGCAAGAGACGCAGGAGCUCCACCAACGCCUCGCGGCUCUUCAGGCCAAAUACCAGCAGACCGUCCGCCAACACGAGGAACAGUCCCACUCGAAGGUCAGCAGCCUCGAAGCAGAGGUUGACAAGCUGCACGCCGAUCUCGCCAAAGCCCAGCACGACCUCGAGGAGACGCUCGCCGUCAACGCAUCGCUUAACAAGGAGCUCCAGUCGGCGUUGAAGAACCCGGCGUCCCCUCGCAUCGGCUCUGCGGCUGGCUUCACCGGCGGAUCCGAGGAUGUCGCUCGCUUGCAUACCGAGCUCGAGCAAGCGCAAAACAAGGCCGAAUGGCUCAAGCGGGAGAACGCGUCUCUCGAGCAACGCUGCCGGACAGCUGAAUCGAAGAUCGCGAUUCUGCUCGACCACAUGGAGGGCGUCCAGAGCGACCACUACGAAGGCUCGUCAAACCUCGACCACGACCGGUCUGGGGAGGUUGACCACCACUGGCAGCAAGACCAUCUUCGCCAGGAGUCGUCCGACGCGCCCUCCGAGUACGAGGCCGAGCAGCCGCAGCGUCGAGCGUGA